AGCAGCCUUUUUCCACUGGAUUCCAGAGGAAGACUGGGGCCCAUCCUCAUCAUCACUGGACCUUCAGAGGAAAAUGACACCCUUCUCCAGGAUUACUGCUUCAACUGAACCACAUCUGUUACUGUGGGAGGACUGCAGCCACCAUUUAAUAGGACUGCUACCAACACCCUGACUGACUGGGUGUCAGGUUGUAUUCUGACUUUGAGCACUAAAUUUUUUUUUCAUUAGCUAAUUAUAUCUAAACUUUAAAGAACUGCUGCAGAUAAAAUUCAAGGUUCUAGGACUUAGUUAAGAACUUAAAAUUAAUUGCUGCAAACAAUAUUGGCAGGAGAGCCGUGUGUCGGGUCAAGAUCGGGACCUGCACGCACAGCCACGGCAUGAUGACAUCUACAGCAGCCAGGAAGCAGCACAUCCCCAAACUGACAAAGGUGAGAAAAAAGGCACCCACCAAAGUUCAGAUCACAGUGGAGCAGCUUCUGAGAGAGGCAAAGGAAUGUGAGCUUGAGCGUCUCCCACUGCCUCCACAGCAGAAGAUCAUAGAUGCUGAAGAGCUAAAUGACUAUAAACUCCGCAAGAGGAAGACUUUUGAAGUUGACAUAAGAAAGAACAGGACUGUUAUCAGCAACUGGAUGAAGUACGCACAAUGGGAAGAAAGCCUGAAGGAAAUCCAGGGAGCCCGUUCCAUUUACAAGCGUGCCCUGGAUGUGGACUAUAAGAACAUCACCCUCUGGCUGAAAUAUGCCAAGAUGGAGAUGAAGAACUGCCAGGUCAACCAUGCCUGGAACAUCUAGGACUGAGCCAUCACCACCCUGCCCAGGGUGUACCAGUUCUGGUACAAGUACACAUACAUGGAAGAGAUGCUGGGGAAUGUUGCAGGGUCAUGCCAGGUGUUUGAACGGUGGAUGGAGUGGCAGCCAGAGGAGCAAGUCUGGCAUUCCUACAUCAACUUCGAGCUGACAUACAAGGAGGUGGACCAAGCACAAAGCAUUUACGAGAAAUUUGUCCUCAUUUACCCCGAUGCAAAGAACUGGAUCAAGUACGCGUGCUUUGAGGAGAAGCACAGCCACUUUGCCCACACCAGGAAGGUGUAUGAGAGGGCGGUGAAGUUCUUCGGGGAGAAGCACAUGGACGAGCACUUGUAUGUGGCUUUUGCCAAGUUUGAGGAGAACCAGAAAGAAUUUGAAAGAGUGAGGGUUAUCUACAAGUAUGCCUUGGAUAGAAUUCCAAAGCAGGAUGCCCAGAAUCUCUUCAAGAAUUACACAAUCUUUGAGAAGAAGUUUGGAGACAGGAGGGGAAUCAAGGACAUCAUUUUCAGCAAGGAGAGAUUCGAGUAUGAGGAGAAGGUGAAGGCAAACCCCCACAACUAUGAUGCAUGGUUUGAAUACCUGAUACUGGUGGAGAGUGACACGGACGGCGAAACCGUGAGGGAGGUGUAUGAGAUAACCAUUGCCAACGUGCCCCCCAUCCAGGAGAAACGCCACUGGAGGAAGUACAUCUAUCUCUGGAUUAACUAUGCACUCUAUGAGGAGCUGGAGGCAAAGGAUGCAGGUUUUAUGUCUGGAAACCUGACUGAAUUCUGUAGGUUCAUUAAAAGGUUUUUAAUUUUCCACUGUUCUCGAGACGGUUGUCCUCACAACUUAUGGGCCCUUCUCAGCAACUCUAAGGUUGCCUCACCUUCUGCGAAUUCUCUUUUGGCCACGUAUCCUCCGUGGUUCAGGACCGUGUAUUUCCCAUGUUUUGGGGACUGUGCUUGCGUUCUGUGACUCGCAAUUUUGUUCUCACUGGGUGUGUGGUUUCUCCUGGGAAUUGUGCUCAUUUCUAUGUGUUCCAUGCCAUCUGUGGUGCCAUGAAGUCACUGCCCCGUCCCACAGUUGGCCUGGUUCGUUUUACCUUCUUCUUUUGCAACAGGCUGUUCAUCUCAUGUCAAUCACGUCUUUCUGGCCACCAUAUGUUGGAAUAAAUCAGCCAAAACUCCAUUUUCUUGAUGCAGAAAGCCAAUUCUUUAUUGACAAUGCUCAUAUUUAUAGGAAAUAUCAGAAGGCACUGCAUUAAACCUAAUUGGUCAGCAAUACAGUGAAACUCAGUUCGUUGGUCAGUAAGGGCUGUUGUAUAUCUAUCAAAUAUUCUUUCUCUAGAUAUGUUUACAUUUUUUCUUUGUGGGUUCUCAUGGGACAAAUAUUUUUGUUUACACAGGUGCAUUUGUUUUUCACCCUCAGAAUAGAUUGUUCUGUUAAACAAAUUUCUCAUUCUCAAAAUAGCUUCACAUGGGAACUUGCAAAUUGCUUGUUAGCUGCACUUAGAAAAAAUGACAGGCCAGCUUUGGCAAUUUUACAGAGCAAGGCCUGAUUUCAUAAAGGCCUUUCUUUCAUAAUUCUUCUACCUCUCUACAACAACAAUAACUGUGGUUUUUUUACUAAACAAAUACUAAUAAGAGUUAUCAAAAUAACUAUCAUUUAUUUACAAAAAAAGACGCUUGUCAUGUUGUUGUAGGUUUAGCACUGGCUAAAUUGCCAGUGCACCCACCAGAAUUAUUUACUCAUUUCCUGCUGUGAGAUAGAAUUAGGAGGAAGGCAAAACAGGCUCAAACUUUGAAGGGUAUAAAGAAAACUAUAUUGCCAGAAACUACAAGAAAGAAAAAAAAAAAGAAUCCAAAUAAAACUUUCAGAACACUUC